AAGACAGGGUCCUGAAAAAGGGACGUUUCUUUUUUUGCUGUGUUUAUCUGCUGACAUUUAUACCCGGGUGCUGGAUAUUUUUGAACUGCUGCUCUACGACCAGCUCUUCCUACCAAAACCAAAACCGCAACCUCAAACACCUUCAUUUAAACAAAAAACUGUUUCUAGACCAGAUGUUGACAUAUUCACYGUAACGAAACGUAACAAUACGGAAGAGUAGAGAAAAAAAAGGUUCCAGUUCAUAGGAAUCACGAUUCACGCCGAUGUUUACGCUGCGCAGAAAGGCAUUGGUGGCGGAUAACGUUGGAGCUUGAACAAWCUGCGACUCUCUGCUGCCUACCGCUAGCUAGCUAGCAUGAUCCUCUCAGCAGUGCUYCCUACUUCUCUCCACACUCCUAUUAAAAGAGUCACUCCAGCGAUGCACCUACGCUUGUGCCAUUAGCAAGUUUGCUGUCGAGUUAGCUAGCUAGCUUUGUAGUCAAGAUGUCUGAUAUGGAAGAUGACUUCAUGUGCGAUGAUGAAGAGGAUUAUGAUCUGGAAUACUCAGAGGACAGCAACUCUGAGCCCAAUGUUGAUUUGGAGAAUCAGUACUACAAUUCAAAGGCCCUGAAGGAGGAUGACCCCAAAGCAGCUCUCAGCAGCUUCCAGAAAGUCUUGGAGCUAGAGGGCGAGAAAGGAGAAUGGGGGUUCAAAGCUCUCAAACAGAUGAUUAAGAUGAAUUUCAAACUGCUCACCCUCUCAUCAUGGGAGUCAUCAGAGAGUGUGGAGGGAAAAUGCAUUUGCGAGAAGGRGAGUUUGAGAAGGCUCACACAGACUUCUUCGAGGCGUUUAAGAACUACGAUGAAUCAGGAAGUCCUCGACGGACCACCUGUCUGAAGUACCUGGUGUUGGCCAACAUGCUGAUGAAGUCUGGAAUCAACCCUUUCGACUCACAGGAGGCUAAACCCUAUAAAAAUGAUCCAGACAUUCUUGCAAUGACAAACUUGGUCAGUUCCUACCAGAACAAUGACAUCACAGAGUUUGAGAAGAUCCUGAAAACCAAUCACAGUAACAUAAUGGAUGAUCCGUUCAUAAGGGAACAUAUAGAAGAGUUAUUACGAAACAUAAGAACACAAGUGCUUGUCAAGUUAAUUAAGCCUUACACGAGAAUACACAUACCUUUUAUUUCCAAGGAAUUGAACAUUGAUGUCUGCGAUGUGGAAAGCCUUCUUGUUCAGUGCAUUCUAGACAGCACGAUCAACGGCCGCAUCGACCAAGUCAACCAACUGUUGGAGCUGGAUCACCAGAAGAGGAACGGAGCCCGAUACAUGGCUUUAGAUAAAUGGACGAAUCAGCUGAAUACUCUCAACCAGGCCAUCGUCAGCAAACUGGCCUAAUCAGAGUAGUCAGUAGUGUAACUGAAAAGUUAACAAUUCGAUGGUGGGUUGUAUUUCAACUUGAAGGAGCGAGUUAACCCAAUUCAUCUCGGGUUACAGUAGCAGUAGGCUACAUUCAUUAUUGUCAUCUAUAGGAUUGAUGAUGUUCAAAGCUUCCAAUGGCAAACGUACUGUCACUUAUUAUGUGACUGAUCAUUUAAGAUGGAGAUCAGAGGUGCCAGUUGCCAGCUUGUGUUUCAUGGCCUUGGGCCAGUUUCCUGGGCACAGAUAAAUCCUAGUCCUGGAUUUAGAAGCAUGCUCAAUGAGAAUGCUUUUUUGGGGUUUAGGUGUUGGACUAUGCGUAAUCUGUGUCUGGGAAAUCGGACCUUGUGGCCUAAAACCAACCGAUUUAUAUUAGAAAACGAUGGCCAUUGUACAGAUAGAGGAUUGUAAAAUCACACUUAUGUACAUUUCUUAUAGUGAAAGGACAUGUCUGUUCUCCCACUGUAUUACCGCCUUCCAUGGAAAUGUGAAAACACCAAAUUACUUCUAAUAUUAUUAAUGUUGAGCAUGUUCUGUAAAAUAGCCAGCGCUCUCUAUACAGUAUUUCAUCAAUGUAGGUCCAUGUUUCAUAUGGUAUGUUUUGACAAUGUUAUCGAACAAUUUGAGCUUUUCUGUUUUAUUGAUGAAUAAUAAAUGACAAAAUUGUACCUUC